AUGGCUGCUGCCGCCCUGGACAGGGGGCGCCUGCCGCGGACGCCCACUGCCGCCGCCGGCGGGAUCCGGGCCACGCUGACACCCACCGUGCUCGCCCCGCGUCUGCCGCAGCCGCCGCAGAACCCGACUAACAUCCAGAACUUCCAGCUGCCCCCAGGAAUGGUCCUCGUGCGGAGUGAGAAUGGGCAGUUGCUCAUGAUUCCACAGCAGGCCCUGGCGCAGAUGCAGGCGCAGGCCCACGCGCAGGCUCAGCCUCAGACCACCAUGGCCCCCCGCCCUGCCACUCCCACAAGUGCCCCUCCUGUCCAGAUCUCCACCGUACAGGCACCUGGAACACCUAUCAUUGCACGGCAGGUGACCCCAACUACCAUAAUUAAGCAAGUGUCUCAGGCCCAGACGACGGUACAGCCUACUACAACACUACAGCGCUCGCCUGGUAUGCAGCCUCAGCUUGUUCUGGGUGGCGCUGCCCAGACAGCUUCACUUGGGACAGCGACAGCAGUUCAGACGGGGACGCCUCAGCGCACAGUUCCGGGUGCGACUGCCACCUCCACAGCUGCCACGGAAACUAUGGAAAACGUGAAGAAAUGUAAAAAUUUUUUAUCUACAUUAAUAAAACUGGCUUCAUCUGGUAAACAGUCUACAGAAACAGCAGCUAAUGUGAAAGAGCUUGUACAGAAUUUGUUGGAUGGAAAGAUCGAAGCAGAAGACUUCACUAGCAGGUUAUAUCGCGAACUUAAUUCUUCACCUCAACCUUACCUUGUGCCUUUCCUGAAGAGGAGCUUACCUGCCUUGAGACAGCUGACUCCAGACUCAGCAGCCUUCAUCCAGCAGAGCCAGCAGCAGCCGCCACCUGCCUCGCAGGCCACCACCGCGCUCACGGCCGUGGUGCUGAGCAGCUCGGUGCAGCGCACGGCUGGGAAGCCGGCGGCCACCGUGACCAGUGCCCUGCAGCCCCCCGUCAUCAGCCUCACGCAGCCAGCACAGGCUGGCGUUGGCAAGCAGGGGCAGCCCACACCGCUGGUGAUCCAGCAGUCCCCGAAGCCAGGAGCCCUGAUCCGGCCCCCGCAGGUGACCUUGACGCAGACGCCCAUGGUUGCUCUACGGCAACCUCACAGCCGGAUCAUGCUCACCACGCCACAGCAGAUCCAGCUCAACCAGCUGCAGCCAGUGCCCGUGGUGAAACCCGCCGUGUUACCUGGAACCAAAGCCCUUUCCACCGUCUCGGCACAAGCAGCUGCUGCGCAGAAGAAUAAGCUCAAGGAGCCUGGGGGAGGCUCGUUUCGGGAUGAUGAUGACAUUAAUGAUGUUGCUUCAAUGGCUGGAGUGAACCUGUCAGAAGAAAGUGCAAGGAUAUUAGCCACAAACUCUGAACUGGUGGGCACGCUAACGAGGUCCUGUAAAGACGAAACCUUCCUCCUCCCAGCGCCUUUACAAAGAAGAAUAUUAGAAAUAGGUAAAAAACAUGGUAUAACAGAAUUACACCCUGAUGUAGUAAGUUAUGUAUCGCAUGCCACACAACAAAGGCUACAGAACCUCGUAGAAAAAAUAUCUGAAACUGCUCAGCAGAAGAACUUCUCUUACAAGGACGAUGACAGGUAUGAGCAGUCAAGUGACGUCCGGGCUCAGCUUAAGUUUUUUGAACAGCUCGAUCAGAUCGAGAAGCAGCGUAAGGAUGAGCAGGAGAGGGAGAUCCUCCUGCGGGCAGCCAAGUCUCGAUCCAGACAAGAAGAUCCAGAACAAUUAAGGUUGAAACAGAAGGCAAAAGAGAUGCAGCAGCAGGAGCUGGCACAGAUGAGACAGCGGGACGCCAACCUCACUGCACUUGCAGCCAUUGGGCCUCGGAAGAAGAGGAAAGUAGACUGUCCGGGGCCGGGAUCAGGAGCAGAGGGCUCGGGCCCAGGCUUGGCGGUCCCAGGCAGCUCCGGCGUCGGAACCCCCAGACAGUUCACACGGCAAAGAAUCACGCGAGUCAACCUCAGGGACCUCAUAUUUUGUUUAGAAAAUGAGCGCGAGACAAGCCAUUCACUGUUGCUCUACAAAGCAUUCCUUAAGUGACGCAGGAGGAGCACGGUGUGUCUGAUGGAGACGCCUGGGGACGUUUUUAUAUAUUUGCAGUUUUUUGUAACAAGCAAAUGGGAUAUUGUUUAAAAAACAGCCACCUCUUUACAAUGGAACAGUUUUAUAUUCCUGUUUCUAAAUCAACUCUUCAGUAUGAAAAAAAUACCUUUCUGUAACAGAGAGAAUACAGAGGCCUGUGGAUAUUCUUAAAGGACAAUUAAAUUUUAACUCAUCUUUGAUUGAGUGGCCUUCUUGCCAAACAAGCCAUAUAUAAAGACUGACGGAAUCAUUUAGCAAAUAAUGAGCCGCCCUCUGUCAGCUCGUAGCAGUUUGUACCUUACUUGUGCAUUUGAGUUCAGUUCAACCUAUCUUCGCUGUAGGUGUGUGUCUACAGCCAGCGACCUCAUUUCAUUUAUUUUAUUUUGUAACAGUCAGUUGGCAAAGCAAACUGAUUUUUCAGACUAUUUAUCUUGCUCCCUCUCCCCUUCUCCCCAACCCGUUCAGAAUUCUUGAGGAACCCGCAGCUCACGGUGUCACCAUUGCCUCGGAGUGUAGUCACAUUUCUGCUUAGUAGAGGCCGGAGCCAGCGAGGUGGGUUCCUCCUGAAUGUGUGGUCAGCAUCUGUACAAAUGCAUUUUGUUUGCUAUAGUUUGUAAAGCUGUAAAGUUGAGAGAAAUGAAAACCUUUUCAGCAUAAAUAUAUUUUACUUGCACUGUGUUUUUUAGCUAAAAGUGGAAACUUAGAUUAAAUAAAAUCAAAGUUGAGAAGAAUCAUCAAAAGACUGUUCUUGGUGUGAAUCAAGUGUUGGAAAAUGGCUGGUGUGUUUUGUCAGUAAUUGUACAUAAUUUUUGGCACAUAACAUACAGAUGGCUAUGUAAACUAUAAUUAUUUUGCUAAGAGACUGUAUGCAAGCUGUGGGCCAACUUUACAGGCGUCCAGAGCAAAGCCCCUUCUUUGUACCUAUUUUUUUAUUACAAAUAUACUAAUUGGUUCUUUAUAUUUUCAGAGGUUAUUGUAUUAAAUUGUCUAUUGAUAGUACUUUUAUGAUUGUAAAUACUUUGGCUUUCUCCAUGUGAAUUCUCAUGUUAGACUUUAAUUGGCGUGCGUGUGAACUGAAUGCUGAUCAGUAUUUUUUACCAACACCUGAGAACUGUUACACCUUUUAUUUUGUCUUUUAGGAAAUCCCUGUCUUUCCAUUUUUUCAUGUAAAUUUUGCACAGUUACUUGUUCAUAUGUAAAUAUUUUACUUUCAAAAAUGAAGUUUUUAAUUGCUAUUGUUUUAUAUAGGAUUGAAAGAAAAUUAACUCCUUUAUUAAAAACAAAUUUAUCUGUA